AUGCCCUCUCCCCGGUACUCUGCUGGUACGCUUUUCAAGCUCGUCCUACUUGUUACUUGGACUUGCUUGGAAGACACGCCGUUUUCUAUGAAAAACACACUCUUUGCCCGCUUCUUUUCCAGUUUGGACGUCCUCGAAUCCACCGCUCUGCUCGCCUCUUUGUCCUUUGCCCCCGGCCUUUUUUCCGUUCUUCAGGCUGCCACUCCUCCUGCGAUCCAGUUCUUCCAGAGUCUCCCCGUCGGUCCCAAGAACUGCUGGGGCAUUUACGCCCUCGUCCUAGAGAAGCCUGGUAGUCGGCCUGGCCUCUAUAUCGGAUCCGGAACUAGUACCGGAACCCCGACAGCGGGCGGAGUGGCCUUACGCUUCAAGCAGUACGAUGACGGAUUCCUUAUUCCUAAAUGGAUCAAGGUCGCCCUAAAAGACGGCUAUACCAUUACACACAAGGGUCUUCUUUGCUGGAUCCCUCGCCCCGGAGCUUCUGAUGUCCCCGUCUUCCGUCUUCUUUUCAUUGCUCUAGAAGCUACCUUUACCUACAUCUUCUGGGCACUCAAGGCGCGCCACGGAGGCUAUGGAGACUUCGGAUACGAUGGACUUUGCAGCCACGCCGCCCUGAACGAAGGAGUCCCUGGCCAGUUCGACUUGAGUCCUGAGGAACUCGAAACUCUCGCCAAGGAGCGAGAAGAGAAGCGGCUUAUCCUGAAAGCUCAGAACAAUUCCAGCUGGCACUAUAAACAAAUGGCCGAGAACUAUGACGAGUACAUCACCGCGGCCAAUGUCCGAGUGGCCAAAUCCCGCGCCAAUAAUCCUGGCCGGAACAAAAAGUAUCAGGAGACCAAGAUCAAGGAGGCGCUGGAAGAGCAGCGUUUCCAUUGCGAGUUGUGCGGUCUGUUCUUCGGAACCAAGCAGCGUCUCCGGAACCACGAGAAUACCCCUAAACAUCGCCGCAAGUCGAAGCAGAACGACAGCCCCUUUGUUUGCAAGCCUUGCGAUCUUGCCUAUCACAACCAGAGUAAUCUCACUCGUCACGAGAAGUCUGCCCGUCAUCAGCAGAACGUCUUGCUGUAUAAGGAGAAGCACUAG